AUGCAGGCGGUUGUGUAUGACGGCUGUGUUGCUUUCGCCUUGAGGCCAACUGUGGGCCGAUACUUCCACUGCCGCAUCUGUGUCAGCUCCAUGCAAGUGGACGACCUCACAAUUUCAGAGUAUCUCAUGUUCAAGGAGAAGCUCCUGGAGAUAGAUCUGGAGCCCUUCAAUUCCCACUUCCCAAAGCUGACCAGGCCAAAUUCCAUUGGAGAAGGAGUCAAGUUCCUCAAUAGGCAUCUCUCCUCCAGGCUGUUUGCCUCCAACAACGCAGACUUCCACCCGAUCUUUGACUUCCUGCUCACGCUGUCCUACAACGGCCAGUCUCUGAUGCUCAACGAUCGCAUCAAGAACGCCCAGGAGAUGGGCAGAGCUCUGGACAAGGCAGACAACUUCCUGAAUGACCACGAUCCGGAGACGCCAAUCGAGGAGGUGGCGAUAGGGCUCCAGGACAUGGGAUUUGAGAGGGGCUGGGGCAACACAGUGGGGCGCGCGCAGAACACCAUGCACCUGCUCGCUGACAUCAUGCAGGCCUGCGACCCUGAAACCCUGCAGGCGUUCUUGGGCAGGCUCCCCAUGGGAUUCAAGGUGGUCAUUCUGUCGCCGCAUGGCUUCUUUGGGCAGCAGAAUGUCCUUGGCAAACCCGACACUGGAGGCCAGGUGGUGUACAUUUUGGACCAGGUGCGCGCGCUGGAGCGUGAGAUGCUGGCGCGCAUCUGGCAGCAGGGGCUGACGGGCGUGGAGCCCCAGAUCCUGGUCGUCACCCGCCUCAUCCCCGAGGCCCAGGGCACCAGCUGCGACCAGCGUCUGGAGCACAUCAGCGGGACGCACCACGCGCAAAUUCUGCGCGUUCCCUUCCGCGACGACAACGGCAUCCUCCAGCACUGGGUCUCCAGAUUUGACGUGUGGCCGUACCUGGAGCGGUUCGCGGUGGACGCCGGGGGUGAGAUCCGUGCUGAGCUGGGCGGCCGGCCGGAUCUCAUAAUUGGCAAUUACAGCGACGGCAACCUGGUGGCCUCGCUGCUCUCCUUCCACCUCAACGUGACCCAGUGCACCAUCGCACACGCCCUCGAAAAGACUAAGUACCCCGACGCCGACGUCAACUGGAAGAAGCUGGAUGAGGACUAUCACUUUGCGGCGCAAUUCACAGCAGACGUGAUCGCCAUGAACCACAGCGACUUCAUCAUCACGUCCACGUUCCAGGAAAUUGCCGGCACGCAGCACACUCUGGGGCAGUACGAGGACCACCAGUCUUUCACCAUGCCGGGCCUCUACCGCAUCGUCCAUGGCAUCGACGUGUUUGAUCCCAAGUUCAACAUCGUGAGCCCUGGCGCAGACAGCGACAUCUACUUCUCCUAUGACCAAGCCGACAAGCGGCUGACCAGCCUGCACCCGGAGAUCGAGGAGCUGCUGUUUGGCAAGGAAGAGGCGCCCCUGGCAAAGGGUGUGCUCAAGGACCCCAGCAAGCCCAUAAUCUUCUCCAUGGCACGCCUGGACCACGUGAAGAACCUGACAGGCCUGGCAGAAUGGUUUGGCGGCAACAAGCGGCUGCGCGAGCUGUGCAACCUGGUCAUCGUGGGAGGCGUCGUGGAUCCUGAACAGACAACUGACAGGGAGGAGAAGGACCAGUGCAAAAAGAUGCACAUCAUCAUCGAGGAAUAUGGCCUCCAGGGCGAGCUCAGGUGGCUGGUAGCGCAGAAGAAUCCGGUGCGCAACGGCGAGAUCUACAGAUAUGUUGCCGACAAGCGAGGGGCGUUUGUGCAGCCGGCGCUGUAUGAGGCAUUCGGGCUGACAGUGGUUGAGGCCAUGAGCUGUGGCCUGCCUGUCUUUGCAACCAUCUGCGGAGGCCCCGCAGAGAUUGUGGUGGACAAGAAGUCGGGCUUCAACAUUGACCCCUACCACGGCAGUCAGGCUGCAGAGACAAUGGCAGACUUCUUUGAGGAGAGCACGAAGAACCCGGAGCGCUGGCUGCAGGUCUCUCAGGGCUCCCUGGCACGCGUCCAAGAAAAGUACACGUGGACGCUCUAUGCUGACAGGCUGAUGACACUCAGCAGAAUCUACAGCUUUUGGAAGUACGUCAGCGAUCUUGAGAGGCGGGAGACGCGCAGAUACUUGCAAAUGUUCUACAUCCUCAUGAUGCGGCCCCUCAUUGCAAAGGUGGAAAAGCAGCAAGCAGAGGAGCGUGCCAGGAAGCAACAGGCAGCCGCAGAGAAUGGCGAUGGCAAGCAACACAGCAAGGUGGCAGAAUUCUUUUGA